GAAGGUGCGGAGAGCGCGGACACUCCGCAGCCGAGCACAGCUUUGCGAGGCGGUCGCGAUGCGGGCGGGGACACGCACGUUGGACUGGCUUUGAAAGCACCGAGCAUUGAGAGGAAAGGCGCGAGAGACCGAGCGACCGCGGGAAAGAGGCGCGUGAGCGGAGACCGGGGCGGACCCCCGCACCCUGCAGCCAUGGAGCUGACGAUGGAGAACAUCGGAAACCUGCACGGCGUCCCGCACUCGCACCAGACCAGCGACCUCAUGAACUCCCCGCACGCGCGCCAGUCGUCGGCGUCGCACCGGAACUUGGUGUCUCACGGCCGCUCGGCCAUGGUGUCCAGCAUGGCCUCCAUCCUGGAGGGCGCGGGGGACUACCGUACGGAGCACGCGCUGUCCGGGCCGCUGCACCCCGCCAUGACCAUGUCCUGCGACUCCGGGAUGAGCCUGAGCAGCACCUACACCACGCUCACGCCCCUGCAGCACCUGCCCCCCAUCUCCACGGUCUCGGAGAAAUUCCACCACCCGCACGCGCACGCUCACCACCACCCCGCGCACCAGAGACUCGCGGCCGGGAACGUCAGCGGCAGCUUCGCUCUGAUGCGGGACGAGCGCGGCCUCGCGUCCAUGAGCAACCUGUACGGCCACUACCCCAAAGACAUGUCCGGCAUGGGCCAGUCCCUGUCCCCGCUCUCCAACGGCCUGGGCUCCCUGCACGGCUCCCAGCAGACGCUCGGCGCCUACGGCCCGGGGGCCCACCUGUCCAACGACAAGAUGCUCUCGUCGGGGAGCUUCGAGCCCCACGCGGCCAUGCUGUCCCGCGGGGACGAACACCUGGCGCGCGGGCUCGGGGGCCACGGGCCCGGGCUCAUGAGCUCCCUGAACGGCAUCCACCAUCACAGCCAUCCUCACUCUCAGGCGAACGGAUCUAUGCUGUCCGAGCGGGACCGGCAGACGGUGGUGGGGGGCGGGCCGGGCGGGGGCUCCGGCCAGGUGGAGGAGAUCAACACCAAAGAGGUGGCGCAGCGGAUCACGGCGGAGCUGAAGCGCUACAGCAUCCCGCAGGCCAUCUUCGCGCAGAGGAUCUUGUGCCGCUCCCAGGGAACGCUGUCCGACCUGCUGCGGAACCCCAAGCCCUGGAGUAAGCUCAAGUCCGGCCGCGAGACCUUCCGGCGGAUGUGGAAGUGGCUCCAGGAGCCCGAGUUCCAGCGGAUGUCGGCGCUCAGGCUCGCAGAGCGCAAAGAACAGGAGCAGCACAAGGACCGCAACGCGGCGCCCAAGAAGCAGCGGCUGGUCUUCACCGACCUGCAGCGCCGCACGCUCAUCGCCAUCUUCAAGGAGAACAAGCGGCCGUCUAAGGAGAUGCAGAUCACCAUCUCCCAGCAGCUCGGCCUGGAGCUCAGCACCGUCAGCAACUUCUUCAUGAACGCACGCCGGCGCUGCGUGGACCGCUGGCACGACGACCACGGCUCCAGCCCCGGCCAGCCGGGCACGUCUGCCACCACCUUCUCCAAGGCCUGAGAGGGGGCGGCGUUCAGGGGGCUGGAGCAGACGGCACCGGGCCGGAGAAGCGGUCCACAACAGUCUGCCGGGUCUGGACCGCCUGAACGCAUCCUGUUGUCCGUCCGCGGUCAGUCCGGUCAUCCCAAACGGACAAUCAUCGGUUUCUUCUUCUAUUGAGGGAAAGCUAUUUUUAAGACACCAAAGAUUUCAUCUUUUUUUUUGGAUGACACGUGCGCCUCCUCUUCACUCUCUCCGAGCCUCCUUUGUGUCUGCCCCCCCCACACCAAAGCUACCGGGCAGAGGAACGGCAAUAAAUCUGACGAGACAACAGCACAGCCUUAUUAUCAGAGCCUCACGCUGCGCACAACAACCCCCCCACUCCUCGGCUGAAGGAAUUCCCUGAAGGCCGACCAUCAGCUCAGCCUGAUCAUACAGCAAACUAAUGAAUUGAAAACGGAAUCGAUGGAGGCAGAGCGGGGGCCUCGACCCCUCCUGAAGGAGAAACUCCAGACGCAGGAGGAACGCCGCUCGUCCAGGCCCAGGUUAUAUUUUUGCACAGAGUCCGGGGCCUGCAGGGAGACGCGUCAUUGUUCCUCCUGAGUGUUUCUCCAAGCUUCGGGAGAGGCGGGACGUCUGGACCCGCGCGCUCUUUGUUCUGCUGGGAGCUUCGGCUCGGAUCAAUACCUGAGAACCAAACGACGACGCCCGCGGCUGCAGCUGCAUGUGAAGCAGAAUGUCAGAGGAGCACGUGGAGCCACUACAGCACAGCCCUUUCCCUCCAUUAUCAGGCGGAGCAAUGCUGCCCCCUACUGCUGACACCACAGAGCCUCACGCAGUAGAACCGGGCCUCAGAACCACGGCCAGUCACGGCACAACACGCUGGGCCUCGCAGCUCUUUGAGGGCAGAUCAAUAACCAACCAUUAUCCUGUUGUUCCCUCCAACCAGCACCAGAGGGGGGAGGGGAGUCAAGCUGGAAACCGCAGUGAUUCAUUUUGGCAAUCCGGUUCCGAAGAGUCCAAAAACGAUGAAGUUUGAGUCUCCAUGUUUGGUUGAAUCUCAGAGAAGCUCUCAGCAGAAACCGCCUGGACGCUCCUCCAUGGAGGGGGUCGUAGCCAAUCCAGAGCCAACGCCGUCUGUUCCAACGCUACAUCAAUGAGUGCCAAUGCUAACUGCCUUAACGUGAGUCCGAAUGUGGUCGUAGGGUAACACACCGCCGCCACGCCCACAGCGUGCCGCAGGCAUCAACAAUCAGCUCUACCUGAACCUACUUUUAUAGAAACGCCGACGGGACGAUCUCGAGACAAAGAACAAGCCGAGACGAUCCGCAAACGCAGCGCUACCACGACGUCUCCAACGUUCCUUCGAUCUUUGGUUCUCUACCUCCUCUCGUCCUCUGUCCCCCCGCCCCUCUUCCUCUCUAUACUGAUGCGGGUAUUUCACUAGUACCAGAGACACAAAGUUUCUAGUUCUUGUUACUGUUGUGCAUAAACGGCACCUUGUUGAUAAAUCAAAGACAAAAACAGGAAGGACUUUUUCAAAGGAGGGGGCCAUGGGGGCCGCCAACGGACUUUGGGGUUUUUUGUGAACACAGAUUUAAAUGAGACUUUGACCACAACAAAGAGGGAAACCGGACAACAGACGACGGAUUCCUGUCAGAACCUGGGUCCUCUCUGCCUGGUGGGGGCAAAACCACCUUCCAGCGUCCUGACUGACUGAGUACGGAGGUGGGGGCACGACUCGGGACUCAGUAGUUACCGGUUUUUCUUAAGAUGCAACUGUAGCAUUUCCAACAAUGUAGUCAGAUUAGAGAGGAGCUGAUGAGGAGGUGCUGCCUCCCUCAGGCUGCUGUGAGCAGGAGGGGGAGCUGAAACAGCUUUAGGGUGAUCAGAGACUCAGCUUCAGGUGUGAAGCUGACCCCACGACAUUUUGUUUGUAGUGAGAACCAAGAUGGCUACCUCACUGAGCUGAGUGGUUUGUGAAACCGCCACUUAUACCAAAGAUACUGCAGCCUACCGGUCGCAAACUGCCUGGGGGGCGGAGCCAAAAACAGACCCCCCAUUUCAACACUGACACCCCCUCACACACACACAUCUGCACAGCGCAGUCGGACUGCAGCGGGCCACGCAGGCGGAGGCGGCUGCGCUGCAGACGGAGUUGAGUGCCUUUUCCCUUCAACCACAGGUGGGACUGCACCGGCACACCGAAGCACACGCGUGGA